UAAAAUAACAAGCAGUGGACCUGUGAACAUUGACCAAGUCAGAAAGUUGGUUAACUGUAUCCAACGAGUCAGUUUAACAAAGGGAGGCGAGUGUGAAGAAAUAUGAAAACUAUUGUCAUCAUCUUGGUUUUAUUUGUUGCUGUCUCGACCACUGAAUUAAAGCAAAAGAAAUGGGACAAUUUAAAAGUGACGUGGGGAAUGAACCCAUUCAAUUCACAAUAUUUCGCCGGGAUGCCAAGAACAGCUGCUGCUGCAGAGAGGCAAGGAUUCCACAAGAUCAGUGAUUGUAACACCACCGCCAAAUGGAGAGGACAAAGGUACGUGCUCAACAACGACUACUCUGUGGUGCUCUUGUAUGACGUCAUGGGAUACAUCGCAGGAAUACAGACGACGGUUCCUAAGGGCGGUAACUAUCCUUCCAGCCUGAUCAGACCACCUUUUGUUGAUGAUGGGGAUCGGUGGGCGAUAUCAGCCUACUUUGUCGACCCUGCAACCAUCUGUACAACAGGCCGCACCCAGGCGAUGUUUGACCAACAGGGAACGGGCACUAACUUGUACUUCCAGAACAGCACCGUGCCUGAACACAGCGUCCUGAUACCACACAAACAGGCGGACAUAGGGAGCACCAGAUGGACUGAGGGAAGGUGCUUUAUAUCUAUGGGAAAACACUACUGGUACAAUAUGAACGUAGGCAUGAACUGCGACAAUAUCUUCCCCGCCUUCCUGCUCUACAACGGAGGGGAGCUCACAGCUUUUGGAUGGGCUUUGAUCGCCGACCUUAGAUCCCCGCGGUACGAGCACCCAAGGUCGCAGUUGUAUGGGCUCUUCAUCAAGGAUGUUCCCACCUGUCUGUACAAUGCAGGUACUCUGUCUACCAUGCACAUUUACCUAUCAGGUAGCUCUGCCAUGUGCUAGCCGACGGGAAGAAAUAAUGAAGCAAGGAAUUUAUGGCAUUAUCUUCUGACAAAUCUGUCAUAAAUAACAUUAUUUUCUGAAAAUGAGUUAUUAAUACCAUUAUUUUCUUUCAAAUGUUUUAUAAAUGUCUUUAUUGGGAUACACAUUUAUUUAAAGAUCGUGGCUUUGAAAAAAAAAUGUCAGCAUGUAUUCUACGAUUUCAACGUUUGUAUAUAGAAAAAUUCAACGACAAAUUUCAUUUUUUUUAAUUAUAAGGAAUCCUAAAUCAAUUACUUUCAACAUAAAUGGAGCUUCCGUUAAAAAACAAAGCUCACGCUUCAAAAGAGGGUUGGGAGGGUCGAUUGUUUUUUUCAUAUAUACAACUACUAUGCAUUUUAUAUUUAUAAGUAACUGAAUAAGGAAAAUGCUGAACAACGUAAUUUGUGUUAGAAUUUUUUUAAGGAUUAUUUUCAAUUGGAGAUAAUUAGGCAGAGAUUCUUUUAGGCAUAUCUCUAAGGUGCUAACCCC